CCCCAAACACCUCUUUAUAAGUCCGAAGUCUUUCCCCUCCACCCGACCUGUUAAAACCACGCCUACGGAGGCACACAAUUGGUCCCGAAAGCGUCAAAGAGCCAAUCAACGGAGUCUGGCGUCUGGCAACGCGCGUCACAUCCACACGGUUUUGGAGCUCAUGGAAUUCAGAAGCACUGGUAAGAUCUCGGUGCUGGGAUCUCGCCACCUCCGCGCGGCCCAAACGGACUUUCUCCAACGUGUAUGUAUGUGAGGUUUUAUUAUUAUUUUUUUAUUAUUAUUUUAUUAUUUUUUUUAUUUAGUGAGGAAUGCGUGCGCGCGUGAAGAUCCAGGCUAUGUAAGAAACUAAUGGACUCGGGGAAAUCCAUUUGAGUCCCCAUUGCGUCCGUGUGGAAGGAUUGAUCGAAACCCAAACACGGCGAACACAUUUCCAGCAGAAUGUAGAUUCUGAGCACCAGCAACGUGAACGCAUAUUUAUAAAAAUAAAAUUUAAAAAAAAUCACUGAUUUCGUUCUGUUUUGGUUUUCUAUUUGUGCGCGUGUGUAUGUGUUUUGGUUUGGGGUUUUUUUUUUUGUUUGGUUGGUUGUUUUUUUUUUCUUUCUUCUCCCCUUUUGGCUAAGCGAGCUGUACGACAGCCAUUGAAGAUAAAAUCUACAGCACCGCCGGAGAGGACUUCAUGGAUCGCCUUGUCUUGUUCUCAGUUGCAGUCACUUUGCUGGAAUCCAUCUAACGAAGAACACCAGCACGUUACUCGAGCCUAGGCAGUGGAUGCUUAGGUUUUAUUUAUUUAUUUAUCUAUCUACAAAACUGGAUUUCUGCGGAUUUCUAAAAACCUGGAUAAAGAAUCAGACUCUGUUCCAGCGUUGUUAGAAAAGACAAAGCAAGACACAACUUCUAGGCGAUAUCAGAUAUUGCUACAUGCAAUAUCUGGACUUUUGGAUGACCUUCCUGAUGAGAGAUCCAGUUAUCCAAGGCUCGAGUAUGGCAUACCACCCGUUUUUACCCAACCGGGGUCCAGAGUUUGCCAUGAGCGCCAUGCUGGGCCACCAACCGCCGUUCUUCCCGGCUCUGGCACUGCCACCAAACGGCUCGCUUUCUCUGCCAGGAGCGCUCGGGAAACCCAUCAUGGAGCAGUUGAUGGGCACCGCGGAUUCGGGCCUGCACUUCUCCUCUCUGGGGCAUCAGGCCGCUGCUGCUCAUCUCCGGCCUCUAAAAACACUCGAGCCGGAGGAGGAAGUAGAAGACGACCCAAAAGUUCAUCUCGAAGCCAAAGAACUUUGGGAGCUCUUCCACAAGUGCGGCACAGAAAUGGUUAUCACCAAAUCAGGAAGGAGAAUGUUUCCUCCGUUUAAAGUAAGAUGCACUGGUCUGGACAAGAAAGCCAAAUAUAUUCUAUUGAUGGAUAUUGUAGCGGCUGAUGACUGUAGGUAUAAAUUUCAUAAUUCGCGUUGGAUGGUGGCCGGGAAGGCUGACCCCGAAAUGCCAAAGCGGAUGUACAUUCACCCCGACAGCCCAGCCACUGGCGAGCAAUGGAUGUCCAAAGUCGUCAACUUUCACAAACUUAAACUCACCAACAAUAUCUCCGACAAGCAUGGAUUUGCCUUGUUUUCAUCGCAGACAAUUCUGAACUCCAUGCACAAAUACCAGCCAAGAUUUCACAUUGUUCGAGCCAAUGACAUUCUCAAGCUGCCCUACAGCACAUUCAGGACUUACGUUUUCCCUGAGACUGAUUUUAUUGCUGUUACUGCGUACCAAAAUGACAAGAUUACACAACUGAAAAUCGACCACAAUCCGUUCGCCAAGGGGUUUCGAGAUACUGGAAAUGGAAGACGUGAAAAAAGGAAACAGUUGGCCUUACAGACCUUACGAUCGUACGAGGAACCGCAGAAGAAAGAGAACGGCACGUCUGAUGAUUCAUCCGGUGAACAGACUUCAUUCAAAGGUUUCCGUCAGGCUUCAUCUCCUGCCACAGCCACCGUCGGUCGGCAGAGUUUAAAAGAUUUCUGCGACAGCGACGAAGACAGUGAUGAGGACGAAAGGGAUGUGAACCCCAAGGAAGUACCAGACUCGAGCAAAAUCUCCACCACCACCAGUGAAGACGCAAAGGAGCGCGAGGGCGCUUUGAACAAACUCAACUCGUUUGGAGAAGCCGACUCUCGGCUGAGAGAGAGCAGGACUGAGAAAAGCCGUGCUGACUCAAGACAGAGUCCUGUGACGCUCAUUUCUAGCACCACGCGCUCAGGAGAAGAGCUCAAAAGCCCAGCUGGAGAGCAGCCCAAACUGGAUGAGUGCCGCAAGGAGACUUACACGACACCACUGACUGUUCAGACAGACACCGGCGCGCAUCUGAACCACGGCCACUUGCACAAUUUCGGAUUUCCACCCGCUUUGGCCGGGCAGCAGUUUUUCAAUCAUCUGGGAAGUGCCCAUCCUUUCCUCUUGCAUCCCAGUCAGUUCAACAUGGGAGGUGCGUUUUCCAAUAUGGCCACUGGGAUGGGUCCGUUAUUGGCAGCAGUGUCCUCCGGAGGAGUGACCAGCAUGGACACAGCCAGCAUGGCGUCACCGUCCCAAAGUCUGUCCGGAGCGCCAGGAGUGCCUUUUCAUCUGCAGCAACAUGUCCUGGCAUCUCAGGGAUUGGCGAUGUCUCCAUUUGGAGGCCUUUUCCCAUAUCCCUAUACGUACAUGGCAGCAGCAGCUGCUGCUUCUUCCGCCGCCACCUCCUCGGUCCAUCGCCAUCCGUUCCUUAACGCCGUCCGCCCGCGGCUCCGGUACAGCCCUUAUUCAUUACCGAGUGUCCCGGACAGCACUUUGCUCACAACCGCCAUUCCUCCUCUCGACCUGAAGGGGGACGUCAUGGCUUCCAGUCCCAUCUCUACAACUCUGGACUCCACGUCUGAAGUGACCAGCCGUUCGUCGACCAUAUCAUCCGGUUCUGCGUCUCUUUCACCAAAAACGGGCUCUGAAAAAGAUUCGAACAACGAGCUCCAGAGCAUCCAGCGCCUUGUGAGCGGACUCGAUUCAAAGCAGGACAGAGCGCGAAGCGUCUCUCCAUAAUAAUGAUGAUAAUAAUAAUAAUAUUAUUAUUAUUAUUAUUAUUAUUAUUAUUAUUAUUAUUAUUAUUAAUAACGAUAAUAAUAAUAAUAAUAAUAAUAAUAAUAGUAAGACAUGAUCUGCAUUGGGAAUCAUUAAGGACAUUGAUGAUACGGAUCGUGUACGACGACACCCUUCUAGCGAAAGCGGGUUUACUGAGGCUGCGAACCUACAGAUUAAAAAAAAAAAUGUUCGAUUGAAAAAAAUGCACUUUGGUAAAAUACAAAAUAAAAAAAAAACGUAGUUGUGUUCUCGUCUUGUUAAAUUAAAACAAUCUAUUUUUUUCCUCCUGAUAUUUGAAUAGAUUACCGUAGAAGUAUUGAAAGUGAACAGCUUGGCAAAGGAGUGUGUGACAGGUCGAAUCAGCUGCUGCUGUCCUCUCUACGUUUUAUGUCAAGUUGCUGGGGGGGUCAAUAGAGUAAUUUUAAUAUGCACUCUUCAUAGAAUCUUAGUUUAUUGGAUAUCUCUUUAUCUAAUAAAAAAAAAGACUGCUGUGUUUUUAUUAGUUAUUAUAUAAGCCUGUCGUUACUGCCAGAUGGAAGCAGGCGGUCUGCAUUCUGCAUGUCGCUUUUUUUUUUUUUUGAUAUUACCAAAUACACACACACACACACACACACACACACACACACACACACACACACACACACACACACACACCAACUACAUCCAACACGAAAAAUGACGAAACAGUGCGUGCAAUAUUACGUAACGGGUUUUUCAUCUCUUGUGUAGACUCAUGAACCUGACCCUAACAUUGCAGAUCAGAAAAAGUACCAAAAGUUCAGAACUUGCAAUCACUCAAACUCAACAGCCACAUGUAUAUAAAUAAACACGUGUUAUAAUAGCCUAAAUUAUAAAACCAUCUGAUAUUAAAAGCUACCCCGUGGUAUACACACACACACACACACACACACACACACACACACACACACACACACAAUCCAGCGCUGAUGAAUUGAGGACAUGGGGAAACUGUACCAUACCGACGGAUGCGAUUCUAAUGACUAUAAUGUAAAUAGUGACAUAUACUGUAGCUACAAAGUAUUUAUGUAAUUAUUUCAUAUGAAUAUUGCGUGUAAAUAUGAUGGAGUUGGUUUCUUCCUAGGGGAUCUGUUAUUAAUUUAUUGUUGAUAUACUGUGUAAAAAAUCUUUGUGAGGUAUUCUCUGAGUCUUUGCUUAUGACAUUCACAUUGAAGUUCCUCUGACUAUGGAUUGUAAUGAGCCCCGUAGAAAUAUCUGCACUGCUAGUUUCCUCUAGCAGACCCAUGUGCCAUUGUUCCAGACUGUUCUGUGUUCAAGUGUUUCUGUCCAAACGAAUUAAAGGCGACAGCGCAUUGCGCCAUUGUCUUCAUACCAAUGA